AUGUCAUCAGGGAUUCCACUCAAUGACCAAGAUCGAGAGGUUUGGUUAGAUGCUAUUAAAACGGAAAUCACAAACAUAUCUAAAUCAUCUUCAAGUAGACCAUAUUUUUUUAUAACUUGUUCCGCGUUAAAAUAUCAAUAUCGGGAAUUUCUUAGUAAAGUUACUAAUGAUGAUUUAAAAAUUUGGUUUAUAUAUUUAAAAGCAAGUAAAGAGGUAUUAAAGCAAAGGAUGUUAAAUAGACCGAAUCAUUUUAUGAAGGAAAACAUGUUGGAAUCACAAUUUGAAACUUUCGAAGAACCUAAGGAUACUGAAGAGAAAAUUAUUAUUAUUGAUGCUAACAGGGAAGAUAAUGAAAUUAAAGAAGACAUUCUUAAAAAAAUAAAAGUUCUUGAUUUAUAA